AAUGGCGUCCCCCAUAUAAAUUUACGCAAACAUUUUAUUUAUUAGCGUUUUUAGCUAUACUGUGUUCAUUUAAACGUGUUAUAUAUGUUCAAACAAUGUCUGUUUCGCAUCCACUUUUGAAGAAGUUGAAAGCAUUUGUGAUUGCCCUAAGAUCAAAGGAUGAGCCAGUAAAGGAUUCCCACCAGUUAUUGCUGCCACUUUGUGAAACUAUAGAGAAAAUAUUCCUGCAAGGGCUUAAAGCCACCAAUUCCUGGUUUGGACAGCCAAAGACUGAGUAUUGGGCAUGGAUCUCCAAAAUACCUACACUACCCGAUCACAAGAGGUGUCAUCCAUUUCUGGCGAUGAGUGUUUCUGCUGUGAAGAAAAAUAAAAAGACUCGCCAUGAUGUUGGUAGAGGCAGAAACUUCAUGAGGACUGCCCUCGUGAAAAAGGUGUUGACUGGAGUCACAGACAUCAUGAAAAACAAUUUCGACUUUAGAAAUACCUGGUAUUAUUCAGGAGGCUCAAUAUUGGGAGAUGAAAUAUUGUUAGAAAUCUUUUCGUCACUUCUCUUGGAACUUCAGCCCAUUGAAUUCAAGCUCCAAUUAAAGAACUCAAGCUUUCUGGACAUAACCUGGGAAUUACCAGUCUAUAAACAAUACGAGCUCGUUCCCUCGGAUGAUUUGGGUCUAGAUAUCAGGACUGUGAAGGGUUACCCACUGAUCACACAGGUUGAUGCUAACAGCGUAGCAGGGGAAGAUAACAAGGUGAUGGUUGGAGAUGUUCUCGACGAGAUGUGUGGGGACUGUCUGCGAGGUGUCGGCAAAAGUGGGGUAUAUUUCAUCUUUAACCAACAUGAAAACCAGCCAAUUCAGCUCUGUGUUAUCAAGGGCCAUUACAGUGAUGGCAGUGUGUACGGACCAAUCAGGAGGCUGCUUCAGACAUGUGACAUAAGUGAUCUUUCCCCGGCCACGCCAACCUCCCCAGGCUCUACCCCCUGGGGGGAGAUGGACCACAGACCCCCACCAGAGUCCUUGCUCCCAGAGGAGAUAGAAGACGAGGUCCCUGUACAUAACUCAGAUGGCAGGGCCACUUACCAGACCACCUACCUUGGAAAAGUUUUGUUAGGGAAGGAUGGUAGAGUGGGAUUGAUAGAGUAUGGUGUCGCUGAGGUACUCAACAUGACAGAUAAUAAACAGAAUGUGAUCUUGGAACUGGGAGAGAAGGAGGUGAAGGUCAUAGACAGAGAUACAAACGAGACUCUUGUUCACCACCUGUUCACUGAAAUAUCUGCAUGUGGACGACGGACUGAUGCCUUGAAAUACUACGCAUUUAAUGCAGGGGAGACAUACUGCAGUCUUGCUCAGGAGUUUUACAGUCAUGUGUUUGAGGCUACAACAGAGGAGGAGGCCAAGGUCAUUUUGUGCACCAUAGCUCAAGGCUUUGACAGGACUCACCUGAUGACGUGAUUGGCUGCGGGUUAGAAAUAAAAGAAAUAGCAUGGAUUGCUUUUGGGCUAACAUCACAAGACCUUGCAUAACAUUGUGUCAACAAGCCUAAUUAGAUGAUAGAAAAAAAUGGACAAUUUAGGCUUGGUAUAUUUCUCCUGUUUUCAUUGGUUGUGACAUUGUCAUGUGACAAGCGAAGAAACUUAUAUUCAGAAAAUAAUAUUGAAUAAAAAUAUAUUACAGGGUUCUCAAUAAGAGCAGCCUGCCGACCAAAACAGGCAGUUCAAAUGACAUUAAGGUCGAUUUGAGACAGCUCAACCCAAACUUAUUGAGAAUCCUGAUUAUGUAGCGUUUUGUAGAUCCAUUAAAAAAAUCAGAAUUAGUAUAACCGAUACUAUUAGAAUAUAAUAAAACACUUUCAAAUUGAUGAUAUCGGUGUAUAUACUGUUAUAUGGAUGACGUAGAGCGGUUUCAGUGAAUAUCACUUUUGAUAGUCGAUAAAACAGGAUAUAUACUCCUUCACCAAUCAAUGACUGUAUUUCUGUAGAGCUAAGACCACCACACCAAGUACCAUUGUAUGGAUAAGUUUGAUUAAGAUUAAGAUUAAGAUCAAAAUUCCUUGGCUCAUUAUCGCUUGGCUCGAUUUCCUCGUUGGCUCAAACUGGAUGUCAAGGACGGAAUGUGUUGUGAGGCUCGAAAUUGUUUGGCUGGUCCCUGGGACAUCGAGCCAAUGGGUUUUGACUGUAUUGUUGUAAUAACAUGUUUUGCAAUAGUUGAUGUUUUUUUAAAUUAAACCAGCACUGUUUAAUAUACUAACCUUAAUUUAAAAUACAUAUAUUUAUGUAAAAAUUUCAACCACAUGAAUUGUUAUGGGGAAAAAUCAGGAAGAGAUCAUCAUUUAGGGAAUGACUUAAAUUAACUGAACUCAUUCUUUUUAGUAUUUAUAAAUGAAACUCAUAGAAUUGUGUUUUCUUUCCAAGCAUAUUUUUGGCAAAAGUGUGCGUAAAGACUAAAUAUAUAGAUUUUAGCUCGGAGAUUCCAAGAAUAAGGAGAGCUAUACUACUCACCCUAACUUUGGCGUCACACUUUGGUUAAGGUUUUGCAUGUAAGCACCUUCAAGUCAUUAUCUCAGAAAAUACAUCAUGUCUUGCUUUGAAACUUACACACAGACCCCCAACCAUUAAACCGUCUUCAUUAAUCAAGUGUGAUAACUCUAUCUUGCAUAUAAUUUUAAAUUUUGCCCUUUUAUUAUUCAACAUAGAAAUUCUGGUUAAGGUUCUGCAUGUAAACACAUAUCACUCACGCACUCGGGAACGACUUGAUGUAUUGCAUUGAAACUUUAAACAAAAAUGUAUGAUAGUUCUAUCUUGCAUAUAAUUCAAAUUUUGCCCCUUUAUAAUUAGAGUUAGAAAUUCUGGUUUUUCAUUGAAUCUAAUUUUAUAAAGAUCCAUGCUGGUUUAAUUAAAACAUUGCAAUCCUUACAAAACUUAAAAGCGGUGUAAUAGUUGAGUGGGCUUUCUCUGUGACAGCUCUUGUUAGUUAACUUUUUGGUCACUACACUUGCAUAUUUAAAGUCUUCCAUAUUGAUAUAUACUCUGUCUUUGAUUUUUACUCUUUCAAGCAGAUUUAUUUCCAUAGAAGAUUGUUCAUACAUUUAGUACUCUCAAAAAAUACCAGCUUGUUAUAGAAAAACAGACGAGUGUUAGCCUUUGAUACUUGUGUUAUAGAAAGGUCGUUUUUGAGAUAAUUGAAAUCCAUCAUAUUGAUCCAACUUUAAAUUUGUUUGUAUUGUAAAUAGAUUAUAUAAUAUAUUAUACAUACAUGAAUCUCAAUAUAUUCUCAUUUGAUUAAAUUUGUCUGUAUUUGGAGUAUGCUUAUUUGGGGUUGUUGACAACUAACACAUGCUCAUUAUUAUGAUAGCUAGAUCAAAAUGAGUAACUGCAGUGACUACUCAUACAUACAGAAGAAGUACUUUUGUGACCAUAUACAUGGUAUUUGUACUGAAAAAUAUUUCUGAUAAUAUGACUGUGCUCGAAGGUUCCGUCUGUCAUCCCCCAUGCCAUAUGAGACCAACUCUAAAAUAGUGCUAUGUCUGAUUGCUUUUAUUAUAUAAAUAAGGAAAACUGUGAUAGAGCUCAACUGAAUAGAUACAUGUAUUAUUAUUUAUAAAAUAUAAACUCUCUUUAAAAAGCGCUGUUUAAGAGGAACAUUUUGAUGUCAAUGUUGAUCUUAAAUUACUACGCAUCAUGAUGUCAGGAAAUCGCUCGCUCUGGGGUUGUGCUCAUUAUACUGUACAAUUUAAGUCAAUCUUGUUGUCAUACAACAUUUGACUUCAUUCACUCUAUUAGUCAGUUAUUAAUAACAAGUAAUCCGAUUAGCUACAUCGUUCUUAGAUCCAAUUAAGGGCAAUAUUGAAUACCAGUCCGGUUUGGUAAAAUGUAAAAGUCAUGUUUUCUACAUGGAUUUCUACUUAUUUAAUAAAUAGAAAUCUUAAUGUAUACGAGAGAAAUUAGCCUUGUUACCCGCAUCCAUAUGUGCCCUCGGGUCGGAUGUUUUUAACAGGACCGGAAACAUAUGAUGUUUAUUAUUAUUCAGCACACGGAAUAUAAUUUAAAAAAAUGGCCAGCAGUGUUCUUUCAACAUUCCUGUUAUUUGACAAUAAGUCAGCAUUAUUCAGUAAUAAUUCCAAGAAUUUUACACUAAAAUAUUUCAUAUUUGAAUAUGUAUACCUUGCAUUUAAGUAAGUAGAUCCCCGUUGGCUCGAACUCUUUUGGCUCGAACUCUUUUGGCUCGAACUCUUUUGGCUCGAAUUCCUCAUUUGCUCUAACUGCAUGUUAAAGACUGAUUUCUUUAUACUAAAGGUAAGCAUUCCAGUUUGGCUCGUAAUUUCUGAGGCUUGAGGUAUUUCCACUGGUCCCUGGGAGUUAGAGCCGACGUGGUUUGACUAGUUUAUUUUCAGCAAUAAAAUGUGUGUAGUUGUUAUUGUUUUAACAUUCCUAUCUUUGUGUUUGUCAAACAUGUAUGUCUUUGAAGUUGGAUAUCUUUUUUGUGCCAUACAUGUAUGUUUCAAACAAUUAGCUGUUAAAAUUUUAUUUCUAUUUUCUUUGAAUUGUUCUUCAGAAUAUAGAGGUAUUUGUUAUGAACAAUGUGAUUCCUAAUGUUGGUACUAUUUAUUUAAUGUUUAGUGCAAUUUGGGAAAAUCCACUAUUACUUUUUAUAUUUUAUAUAAGGUUGUUUUGUUUUUUCGUUAUUUUUACAUUGAUGUUUUUUUCGUUAAUUUUAUAUUUAUUUUAUGCAUGUAUUUUUUCCGGUUGUAGUUCAAAUAACUUUGUUGAGGGAAUACUACUAGACAGAAAUAUAUACGUUUAAAUCUUA